GCCCACGUACACACAAACACACACACACACUCGGAAACAGUCACGUACACAGGCACGUACACAGACGGACGCGGAGACGGGGACAGAGACAGAGAGGUAGGACGCACACGGUACGUUCACGUUCCUAGAACGAUAUCACCCUGCCGCCGCUGCCGUUCUCCCUCUCUCUCUCUCUCUCUCUCUCUCUCUCUCUCUCCCUUUCGGGAGAGUCUUCCUCUCGCGUCCCAUCGUACCCCGGGGCCUCCGGUUCCGCGUUCGCGCGGACGAUGAUCCACGAGGGGCUCGCCUCGCGACGCCGACAACCACCGGGACGCUGCUCGACGCCGAACACGUUGCUCCGUUGAAGAGGACAUGCUCGAGACCACCGAGCCGGCGCGGCGGUCCAGGUCGAAGCGGCCGAUCAGACGGAUGACAGCGAUCGUGAGAUAGACGCACCGGCUGCGCCGUAGAGGAGAGACCGUGAUAUCUUUAGUGUAGGAGAGAACUAGAGAGAAGCCCGGGCUCUAGGAGACCGGGCGCGAGUGACAGACCGUUUCCCCGCCCCUCCCCCGCGAGCGGGUAGAAAGCCGGCUUUUUCAUCCGACCGGAUCCACCCUCCGUUCGCUGGACUUCGAUCGACCGUGUGUGCACCUUUGUGCGUGGUUCUACUUCGUGGGAAGAGGAUCUACUUCCUCGCGAGUGUUCCAGGAGGAGAGCCGGAGAGAGCAAGAGAGGGUGAGAGCGAGAAAGAUAGAGAGCGAGAGAAAUAUAGAGAGAGGGGAAUCGAGAGAGAGAGAUGUGCUCGCGAGAAAAGGGAGGCGGCGGACGACGACGACGCAUCGAAGUGUCGCGGCACCGAAGAGGAUCGUCUGGCUCGUCGGCCGAGUAGUUACGGAUUGCUGGCGUGUACCGGGCAGACACGACCCGUUUCGCUGGUCUUCGAACAGCGAGCGAGUACGAGGCGGAGUGGAAAAAAGCGAGAGAGAAAGAUAGAGAGAGCGAGAGUGUGUGUGCAAGAGUGAGAGGGAGAGAGCGCGAGAGACAGAGAAAGGAGGAGAGAGGGAGAGAUAGAAAGAGAGAGGGAGAGAGAGAGAGAUUGUUCCGCGAGCGGCGUCACGAGGAAGCUGCCGCCGCCGUGACGCAUGCGACGUGCCGUCUAUCGCUUCGGCCCGUGCCGAGAGGAAAACAUCUGCGCGACCGACCGGUCGGGCUUUUCACUCGCGCGCCUCGUCGUCGUUCUGACGUGCCACGGACGCGGAGGUGAGCGCGCGUGGCCCCCAAGGUGUCUGCGUUGAGGAGGUGCGUGCGAUCCGCCUCGCUCGCUCGCGGGCAGAAAGAGCUCGCGCGUGCCGAGAACGCUACGCGGGACACGCUGAUUCACCGGCCGCGAGGACGAUGCUCGGCCACCCUGCGACCGGGGUUCUCGCGGGACGCGGCCACCGAGCAGCGACGGUAGCGUCCGCACGCUGAGACUCGGUUGCGAGCGAUCGCGAGCUCGAUCAUCCGCAACAGUCUCCUCGCAACGGCGACACCGGGAGCUACUACCCCAGCGAAGCGGAGCCGACCCGGCGAAAGGAAAUCUACCGAGCAGACAGCGUCCCAGGAUGACGGGCGGACCAAUCGACGGCCGAUCGGACAUCUCCCGGGCCUACUGAAGCGGCACCGAUGCUCCGGGAUGCGCGCGAUCCGAUCGAACAGUGACGGGAUCGUGGAGGUUUUCCGCUCCGGGUGCUCUAGGAUGUAGCACCGGUCUCUCGAUGGUUCUCGAGGACACGGACGAACAGGAUCGCGGUGCUUAAUAUCGUGGAGGAAGAGGAAGAGGGAAAGAGGCAGGGAGAGAGAGAGGGAGGGCGAGAGGAGCGGACGAGAGAGGGAACAGGUGGAGAUCGGAGAUAACGGAACGACGGGGAUCGUUGGGGGACAGUUCUCUCGAGCGAGCACCCUGAGUGCCGUAUCGAUGAUGCUGGAGGGCACGCUGCCAGGAGGCGAUUCGCUGUCGCGGUGUUCGUCGCGUCCCUUCGCCGGUUCAAGCCGCCGCUGUUCGGUUUAAUCGCGGAACGGAUCGGACCGGAUCGGAUCGAGGUGAUCGCGAAGCGAAGGAAUGGUGUUGAACGAUGACGGAGGACUUGGUGCACGGUGGUCGUAGGGUCGCGGUCCCGUUGUCGGCGCGGCGGACGCGGUCGUCGACGCGUUGGGAUCGCUGUGCCACGAUCAGCUAAUGGAUAGAUCGGAUGCGGGUCCGAGACCGGCUCGUUUCGCUAGAGAGACUCGCGCGACAAGACUAUAAGAGGGAAUCCCAGGUGAGAAGAGGUUCUAGGUGUUCCCGCCGGAUCGAUCGUUGAUGGGGAUGAUCGGAGGAUCCAGGGAUACUUGACAAGGUGCGAAAGUUCGAGGUGCUAGGGGGGUUUUUACGGAGGUAAGGGGGUACGAGUAGGAGACAGGACGAGUACAGGGGGUGUGUGAUCAAGUGCGCCGACCGAAGAUCGUGGACCAGGUGAGGGGCAUGGCCUCGGUGGCAGCGUGGUUACCGUUCGCCCGAGCGGCCGCGAUCGGUUGGGUGCCGAUUGCUACACACCCGCUGCCACCCCCGCCGAUCCCUAAGGAUCGUCGCAAAGCGGACGACGAGAAAUUGUUGAUCAACGUGAGCGGACGUCGUUUCGAAACGUGGCGGAACACUCUCGAGAAGUAUCCGGACACGCUUCUCGGCUCGAACGAGCGCGAAUUCUUUUACGACGAGGACAGCAAGGAAUAUUUCUUCGACCGUGAUCCGGACAUCUUUCGCCACAUUCUGAACUAUUACCGGACCGGCAAGCUUCACUAUCCGAAGCACGAAUGCUUGACCAGCUACGACGAGGAGCUGGCGUUCUUCGGCAUCUUGCCCGACGUGAUCGGCGACUGUUGCUACGAGGACUAUCGCGAUCGUAAACGCGAGAACGCCGAGAGGCUGAUGGACGACAAGCUCAGCGAGAACGGCGAUCAGAAUCUCCAGCAGCUGCUCGACAUCAGACAGAAAAUGUGGCGGGCUUUCCAGAAUCCCCACAUCUCGACCGCCGCCCUGGUCUUCUACUACGUGACCGGCUUCUUCAUCGCCGUCAGCGUGCUGGCGAACGUGGUCGAGACCGUUCCGUGCGGCAACCGGCCUGGACGCGCCGGCACCCUUUCCUGCGGCGAACGAUACAAGAUCGUGUUCUUCUGUUUGGACACCGCGUGCGUCAUGAUAUUCACAGCCGAGUACCUGCUCCGGUUGUUCGCAGCCCCGGGACGCAUCAAAUUCGCGAGAUCCGUCAUGUCCAUUAUAGACGUGGUCGCCAUACUGCCGUACUACAUCGGCCUCGGUCUCACGGACAACGAUGACGUCUCCGGGGCGUUCGUAACGUUGCGCGUCUUCCGCGUAUUCCGGAUCUUCAAGUUCUCCAGGCACUCGCAGGGUCUACGGAUCCUCGGCUACACGCUCAAGUCGUGCGCCUCCGAGCUCGGCUUUCUCGUCUUCUCCCUGGCCAUGGCCAUCAUCAUCUUCGCCACAGUCAUGUUCUACGCGGAGAAGAACGUCGACGGGACGAACUUCACCUCGAUACCUGCCGCUUUCUGGUACACCAUCGUGACUAUGACCACUUUGGGAUACGGUGACAUGGUUCCGAAAACGAUCGCGGGAAAAAUCGUGGGGGGUGUAUGCUCUCUCAGCGGUGUCCUUGUGAUCGCUUUACCGGUGCCUGUUAUCGUCAGUAAUUUCAGUCGCAUAUAUCACCAGAAUCAGCGAGCAGACAAGCGCAAGGCGCAAAGGAAAGCCAGACUAGCGCGCAUCAGGAUCGCGAAAGCGUCAAGCGGAGCGGCCUUCGUGAGCAAAAAGAAGGCGGCCGAAGCCCGUUUGGCCGCGCAGGAGAGCGGCCUUCAGAUGGACGACUCUUACAAGGAGGAGGAUAUUUUCGAAUUGCAGCAUCAUCAUCUGCUUCGUUGUUUAGAGAAGACCACGGAUCGGGAGUUCGUGGAGAUGGAGGUGCCGUUCAACGGUGCCCCGAAGAGGCCGGGCUCGCCGUCACCUCUGACCUCGCCCGCGCACAGCACUGCCUCGAGGGGCGGCCUGCUGCACGCCUGCUGCGGCCGCUGCUACCCCCAACGUUACCAGAGCUUGUCGUAUCAGAUCACCACGAACGAGAGCAAGGAUAGAGUGGUGCUCGUUUACGGAGACCGUAUAGAAGUGCGGAAAAAGGACCUAAAGAAGCGCGGUUCCCACACCUGCGACAUGCAGGCCCUACAGCCACUUCCGGUCCCAACUACCACCGCCACCACCACCAACACCGCGCCUGCCAUGACUACUUCCGGUGGGCAGCCACCGCUUCCGGUAUCGGAGACCGCUUGAGUCGAUCACCGAGACCAAUCACGAACACCAUAUCCGCUAUUACGAGAAAAAUAAAACAAAUGUAACAAUGUAAUUAUCACCUCCGACAAAUUACCAACCACCACCGUCCUCCUCUUCUACCCGACGAGAAAAGACGAUAGUACCAGAAACAGAACAAUGGCCGACCGGCCGGAAGAACGUAACGAAAAGAGUGAAAGAGAGAGACGGACGCGCGAUCAUCGCACGCAGAACGUUCCCGAAGAGGUUCGAAGAGCGUUCGGCGGUCCAGAAGUCCAUGGAUCUAGGAUCCAUGACGUCCUCGAGGAGGACGGAAGCCGCUCGUCCUCGAAGAGCAAGCAUUCCGGCGGGAUCUAGACGAGGAAGACGAAGAGGAAACGCGUCCCGAUCGACUCUGCAGCCGGAGCUCGCCGCGUUUUCGAGGACGAUGAUUCGUUCAUGCACGCACACAAGCCUGCACACCUUGAUCCACCUGUUCCGCUCGCGAACCCGGCGAUCCAGGCGUUCUCAAAUCACGACACGAUCCAUCCUCUUCGUCGCAGUCGAACCAAGCUUUUCUUCCUCGAAGUUUAUCCAUUCGAAAUCGAGGUUCGACUGCUUAACUAAUUUUUCGGACUGCUCGGCGCUGAGAUAUUUCUUCGGGACUAACUCGGUAGACAAUUGCAAACGGUUGGAAUUUUUCGAUGGACAUCCCUUGUCCGUCGGGAUUUAUUCUUUCAUUCGGUUGGACGUGUUUGUCUUGUACGCAACAGGUGCGGUAAAGAUAAUAGACAGUUACGGUCCGAGUUUAUUGUUGCUUCAAUUCGAGUUGUCCGAUACACCGUGGUUAUUUAUAGAUAAAUAAGUAUAGGAGGCGGUGAUACGUUCUUCGCGCUGUUAUGUUUGCGAUUUAACUGUAUUUUCUGGGUAUGGAUUUGUUAUCGGUGCUCCAGUUAAGUGUACUAAUCACUGUGCGCGAUUAUGCGAGCAUCUUGUGUUGUUCCAAUGACAGCGCGCUUUCUAAAUUGCGAUAAAUCGGCGUGGAAAAAUCGUGCAAUAGAUUUCGAGAGCUCGUUGCAAAGAGAAAACUUCGAUCUUUAAUCCGAUUCUUGCUUCACUCUCACGAAAAUAAUUUUUCAUCGACGAAAAAUAAAAAUAUGAAUGAAAAAUGAAAAUGUGUAAAAUUCCUGAGAAGAAGUAACGUCUUCGUUUCUCUUCCCGGCACACGAUAUAAAAAGCUUCUUUUCAAAAAUCAGCCAUGGGGUGUAAAAGUAGUGGCUUCGAGCUUUCAAACGAGCCCGGAUAGACUGUAUCACGAUGUUUUAUUCGCACGAUUGCACCCGUAGCAAUAACGACAAAUCGAUGCCCGAAACUUGACGAUCUUUAAUUUCCACAAUAAUAUUUACAAUCGGCGAUCGCCCGAGACAAUUGUGGUCACUUGUAAACGCUUCAAUCAUCGAUACAGAACGUGUAAAAUCUCCUUCAAUUAGUCAACGCAAUUUCUACCGAGAUUAAACUCGGCGAACGAAUAAAACGGCGCAGCGACAAGGGUCGAUCAGAAGUUUUAUCUCCGGCGACCGGACGAGUCGUCGUGUUAGACCGGCGGUUUCGGCAUUCCGAACCCGUGAAACGGGAUCGAGACCGACGAUGCCGGGUUCGCGAGCUCAAAUUGGACACGGUCCCAUCCCAUCGGCGCCGGUCUGAUCACCGAUGGGUCCUCGGCAGCCAGCGACGACACGCGGAUCGAUCGGCGCCGCUCUUCAAUCGAGUCUCUUAACUCGCUAGGUUUAACUAAGCAACCGAUAAUCUUUAAGGACAGCGACGAGAGGUAGGUGAUGGCGAGGAAAACUAGGGGAAGAGGGUGGGACGGAGGAAAUUGGCGGAAGGCUUUACGAUCGAGCUCGUAAAAACGAAACGGCGAUGAGACCCCGAGCAAGGGUUCGGAGUCGUCUGUCCGCGUGUAAUCGAUUUUCCUCGGGUUCCCUCGGGGUGCGGUGGGUUUUGGGAGGGUGGCCGAAGAACGGCCGGAGCGUGGCCGGAGGGAGGACGCUAGCUCGCGAGAGAUCGAUAGGGGACGUGUCCGUCGAUUUCAGCGAGAGGAGAACGCGUCCUAUAGGGACCCACGUAACUUGGUACUCUAAAUAGACGUAAGAUAAUGCCCUCGUUCUUUCAAAACAAAAAAAAGAGGUACUCCCUCGACGAGAGUCCCGAUUUUUCUUUCACUUUCGUUUCCCUAGCCGAUAAGUCGUCGACCGCGCCGAUCGGCGAGCCGCGUCGAUCCUGGAUCCUCGAUCCUCCCCUUCUCGAUCGUUUUUUCCUCGUCGAUCGUGGCACAGCGAACGCGAGAAGAAACGAUUGCGAACGAAAGCGCGGAGCAAUAUGUUUUGCCAGCGAAACAACGGUUUCCAGCGUGACAGUCUCGCGGAAGCUCGUCCGUGAAUUAUUGUAAAUAAAUAAAUAAAUUGCAGCCGGCAGGCAUCGGAGGCGAUACGUUGCGUCAGAGACAAAUGGUCUUCUCGCUUUUGUUUUACGCGCGACGGUCGCGCCGAGAUGCGACCGUGAAUUAUCGCAGACGAACGAACGAACAGAGUGCAAGAGUAAUGUUGCGCGCGGUCUGAAUUCAUAUAAAAAGAUUGCUUUAAUUAACGCGUCGAAUUGAAGCGGAAGGGAAACAGAAAUAUCGCCGAGAAGCAGUUUCAAGAUCUGCUUUAAAAUCAUGUAUAAAUAAUUCGAUCGAUCGAUCGAUCGGGGGAGGAUCGAGGGAUCGAGGAUCGAAACGGCUCGUCCAGAAUUUCGCGUCCGUCGCGAGAGAGAAAGCGACGCUUUUAAUUUUUGAUCGGCGUCCCGACGCCGUUCGUUGUUCGCUGUAAAUAAUCGUGGAGCCGGCAUGGGGAAUCUCGUGUUAUCUGUAAUUAACUUUGUAAUUAAUUGUAAACGAUCUAACGUGCGAGGACGAACAAAGAUGAUAAAGAGAGAGGAUAUAUAUAUAUAUUAUAUUAUAAUUGCAAAUAAAAAAAAGAAGGGAUAUAUUAUA